CUUGGUAGUAUCACAUGGACGAUUCAUCCCCUCUUUAGAAUAUUACCUAACAUUAACUUACAACAUUUUCAAUUCAUUCAUAAGAUUAUUGUUUAAGUAAGAGCUAACAUUGAAUGAAAAAAGUUCUAGAAAGUACUUUACCAUUUAUGACGCAAUCUUGACCAAGUAACCAAUCAGCUUUCAUUGAACAGCACUCAAAAAGUUGGAAGCUUCCAGAAAAUCCAAGGGAGAUGGGAGUGCACAAGCAGAGUUAGGUUACUUCAGACAACGUGUUCGCGUGGUUACCGGUUAGAUCUCCAAUAGUACGCAUUUUAUUACUGACAAUUAAUUGACAAUGGCAGCAGCAGCUAAAAGAUUGAUUCCAUUGUUAGAUCGAGUGCUUGUACAGAAAGCAGAAGCUAUCACAAAAACGAAAGGUGGAAUUGUUAUUCCAGAAAAAGCUCAACAAAAAGUUCUCAGAGGUACAGUUGUAGCUACUGGACCUGGGUCUAGAAAUGAGCAAGGAAAUCAUGUGCCCAUGAGCGUAAAAGUUGGAGACACUGUUUUACUUCCAGAAUAUGGUGGUACCAAAGUUCAGUUAGAAGAAGAUAAAGAAUUUCAUCUUUACCGUGAAUCUGACAUUUUAGCCAAAAUAGAAUCCUAAUUAACUUUUUUAAAUACAUUUUUAGGAUCAUUUCUGCAACAAAACCGUUUAUUCCUAAGACAAUGUUCAAUGUACCAGGAUUGCCAUUGUAUUUUCAAACAUAAUUAAUGUUAUGUUAAAGUUAAAAUCUAUUAUUUUCUAAGUUUGUUACUUUAUAGACUAGAUUGUUUCUUACAUAUUUUCAAAUAAAAAACAACACUUAUUUCAA